UGUUUUUAAAAAAGCACCUCUCUGUUCCUCUCGACGCCCGUCCAUGGCGGUGAUGGCGAUUCACACAAAUUAGGAGCUUUUUUUUUUUUUAGAAUUUAAUCCCACACAUCUGGAUUCAAUAUUUUCACCACCGCCGACAAAAAAACCCUCCAAGUCCCCAGAUUUCCCUCUUCUGAUCAUCCAACUGUCUUGUGGGGACACCUGGAUUCGUUCCUCUCGAUCGGGUUCAUCAAUGGCGUUGAAGUCUAGUUCUGUUGAUAAUAAAACCAGGAGCUCUAUACAGAUCUUUAUCGUGGUCGGGUUAUGUUGCUUUUUCUACAUCCUUGGCGCAUGGCAGAGAAGUGGGUUUGGCAAAGGAGACAGUAUAGCUCUUGAGAUGACGACAAAGACCGGGUCGGAUUGCGGCGUUGUCCCGAGCUUGAGUUUCGAGACUCGUCACUCGAGCGAUCUGUCCAUCGGCGAAUCAUUGUCAAAAGCCGAGGCUUUCGAGCCAUGUGAUGCCCGUUACACCGAUUAUACGCCGUGCCAAGAUCAAAGGCGUGCAAUGACAUUCCCGAGGGAGAACAUGAUCUACCGAGAAAGGCAUUGCCCGUCCGAAGAACAGAAGCUACGUUGCUUGAUUCCGGCCCCCAAUGGAUACGUGACCCCGUUCCCGUGGCCCAAGAGCCGUGACUAUGUCCCUUACGCGAAUGCACCAUACAAGGCCUUGACCGUGGAGAAAGCUAUUCAGAAUUGGAUUCAGUAUGAGGGUAAUGUAUUUAGAUUCCCAGGUGGCGGAACACAGUUCCCUCAAGGUGCGGAUAAAUACAUAGAUGAGCUCGCGUCAGUGAUUCCGAUAGGCAAUGGAACUGUUAGGACAGCGUUGGACACUGGUUGCGGGGUUGCGAGUUUUGGUGCGUAUUUAUGGAGCAGAAACGUCGUUGCUAUGUCUUUUGCACCGAGAGAUUCCCAUGAGGCUCAGGUCCAAUUCGCUCUAGAGAGAGGCGUUCCCGCUGUUAUCGGUGUUCUUGGUACCGUAAAGUUGCCAUACCCGUCGAGAUCUUUCGACAUGGCUCACUGCUCUCGUUGCCUGAUUCCAUGGGGAGCAAAUGACGGAAUGUACUUGAAGGAAGUGGACCGUGUACUGAGACCGGGUGGAUAUUGGGUGCUUUCUGGUCCUCCGAUCAACUGGAAAACCAACUACAAGGCGUGGCAACGUCCCGAGGACGAGCUCCGAGAGGAACAAGAAAAGAUCGAGGAGACUGCCAAGCUUCUUUGUUGGGAGAAAAAAUACGAACAUGGCGAAAUCGCCGUUUGGCAGAAGAGAGUGAAUGAUGAGUCGUGCCGCUCAAGACAAGACGACUCGAGAGCUAACUUUUGCAAAUCCGAUGACCCGAACGAUGUCUGGUACAAGAAAAUGGAGGGAUGCAUUACCCCGUAUCCCGAGGUAAGCAGCCCGGAGGAAGUUGCCGGGGGAGAACUGAUGGUUUUCCCGGAGAGGCUCAACGCAAUUCCCCCGAGGAUAUCGAGCGGUUCCAUCCCAGGAAUCUCUGUCGAGGAUUACGAAGAGGAAAACCGGCAGUGGAGAAAGCACGUAAAAGCGUACAAGAGAAUCAACGGUCUCCUCGAUACUGGAAGAUACCGAAACAUCAUGGAUAUGAACGCGGGUUUCGGUGGAUUCGCUGCAGCUAUCGAAUCCCCGAAACUCUGGGUUAUGAAUGUCGUGCCCACGACGAAGAUUCCCGAGAAAAACAUGCUCGGUGUCAUAUUCGAACGGGGACUCGUCGGAAUCUACCACGACUGGAUUUACCGGUUGGUAACAAUCUCAGGUGCGAGGCUUUCUCGACAUACCCAAGAACAUAUGAUCUUAUCCACUCGAACCAUCUCUUCAGUCUGUACAAGAACAAGUGCAAACCCGAAGACAUUCUUCUGGAGAUGGAUCGGAUUCUGCGUCCAGAAGGGGCAGUGAUUUUCCGGGACGAAGUCGACACCUUGAUCAAGGUGAAGAUCAUUGCCGGAAUGAGAUGGGAGUCGAAACUGGUCGACCACGAGGACGGCCCGUUGGUUCCCGAGAAGGUCCUGAUCGCUGUAAAGCAGUACUGGGUCGCCGGCGGAAAUUCCACGUCAGCAAACUGAGAUUUUCCGGCGAUGACCACCGGAAGUUUUUUUAUCAAAUGCUAACACCUAACAGAGUUGUAAGAUUCAACGUCUAAAAAUUGUAUGAAACUAAAUUUACUAUUUAUGAUUAUUAUUGCUUUCUUUUUCCU